GCAGACAUCGACGAGUGCCUGGAGAACAACGGGGGGUGCGACCACUUCUGCCGCAACACGGUGGGCUCCUUCGAGUGCAGCUGCCAGAAGGGCCACAAGCUGCUGACGGACGAGCGCACCUGUCAAGACGUCGACGAGUGUUCGUUUGAGCGGACGUGCGACCACACCUGCAUCAACUACCCGGGCAGCUUUGAGUGUGUGUGUCAGAAGGGCUACACUCUGUACGGCCUCACCCACUGUGGAGACAUCGACGAGUGCAGCAUCAACAACGGCAGCUGUGAGCAGGGCUGCCUGAACACGCAGGGGGCCUACGAGUGUGUGUGCCCCCCCGGAGAGAAGCUGCACUGGAACAAGAAGGACUGCGUCGAGGUGGUGAAGUGUCUGCCCAAUGGGAAGCCGGCGCCGCGUGCCCAGCUGACCUGCGCCCGCAGCGCCGGCCUGGAGGUCUGCUCGCUCUCCUGCCCCUCGAACGCCCUCUACCUGGCAGACUCUGAGAACAGCUACACCUUAAGUUGUGGGGUUCCAGUCCAGGCCGGGAAGCCCCCACCCAAGAGGAACACCACCCUGGUUCUGAACACCUGCGCAGAGACGCAGGCCCCGCCCAUCAAGCAGAAGGCGCGCUUCAAGAUCAAAGACGCCAAGUGUCACCUGAAGCCACGCAGCAAGGAGAAGCACCGUGAUGCCGCCAAGCAGAGCCUGCAAGGAGGUCAGGUCCCGUGUACAGACGACUGUCAGGUGACCUUCGUCAACCUCAAGUGCGACUCGUCCAAGAAGCGGCGGCGCGGACGCAAGUCUCCGGCCAAGGAGGUGUCGCACAUCACCGCCGAGUUCGAGAUGGAGAUGAAGGAGGGCGAGGCCUCAGACGGGUGCAACGUGGAUUGCGUGCGGGAGCGUCUGAAGCAGCGACUGCAGAGCGCCAUGCGGACCCUGAGGAAGUCCAUCAACAAGCAGCAGUUCUACGUGCAGUUCUCCGGGACCGAUUACGAGAUGGCCCAGAAGGCCACCCGGGGGCCCGAGGCCCCCGAGGCCUGCAGCACGGGGCAGGUGCUGCGGGACGGCAAGUGUGUGAGCUGUGGUCUGGGGACCUUCUACAGCGGGGAGCAGGAGCAGUGUGUGCUGUGCCCGGCGGGGUCCUACCAGGACACCCUGGGCCAGCUGUCCUGUGAGCCCUGCCCCAGCACCGAGGGUCCGGGGGUCACCGGGGCCCGGAACGUGUCCCAGUGCGGAGGUCAGUGUCCGGCGGGUCAGUCCUCGUCGGACGGGUUCCGGCCGUGCCAGCCCUGCGCCCUGGGGUCCUACCAGCCCGAGGCGGGGCGCGUCCUCUGCUUCCCCUGCGGGGGGGGGCUCAUGACCAAGCACGAGGGCUCCCUGUCCUUCAGAGACUGCGAGGCCAAAGUGCACUGCGCUCCGGGUCACCACUACAACUCCACCUCUCACCGCUGCGUCCGCUGUCCGGCCGGGGCGUACCAGUCCGAGUUCGGGCAGAACUACUGCAUCACCUGCCCGGGGAACACCACCACAGACUUUGACGGAGCCACCAACGUCUCCCAAUGCAAGAACCAGCUGUGCGGAGGGGAGCUGGGAGACUUCAUGGGCUACAUCGAGUCCCCCAACUACCCGGGGGACUACCCGUCCAACGUGGACUGCAUCUGGACCAUCAACCCCCCGCACAAGAGACGCAUCCUCAUCGUGGUGCCAGAGAUCUUCCUGCCCAUCGAGGACGAGUGUGGCGACGUGCUGGUGAUGAGGAAGAGCGCGCUGCCCACGUCCAUCACCACCUACGAGACGUGCCAGACGUACGAGCGGCCCAUCGCCUUCACCUCGCGCUCAAGGAAGCUCUGGAUCCAGUUCAAGUCUAACGAGGGGAACAGCGGCAAAGGGUUCCAGGUCCCCUAUGUCACGUACGAUGAGGACUACCAGCAGCUGAUAGAGGACAUCGUAAGAGAUGGUCGACUCUACGCCUCCGAAAACCACCAAGAGAUCCUCAAGGACAAGAAGCUGAUCAAGGCGCUGUUCGACGUGCUGGCCCACCCUCAGAACUACUUCCGCUACACGGCGCAGGAGUCCAAGGAGAUGUUCCCGCGCUCCUUCAUCAAGCUGCUGCGCUCCAAAGUCACCAGGUUCCUCCGGCCAUACAAAUAGAGCCAGGGGGGGCGGGGCCUCGGGAAGCCCCUCCCACCUCCUCCUCCACCUCCACCUCCACCACCUCCCCCUUGAAGACCCUGUCCCCCUCACCACCACCACCACCAGUGUUGGUUCCUCCACCCAGAUGCGGUCGUCAUGUGACUUCGUCUCCUCCGGCCCGGUUCCCUCUCUCCGCGUCUCCAGUGUAAAGAUUCAAAGCUGCGUUGUGUAACAGCGAUUGGUUAAAGAGUGUCACCCCAGGGUGUCUUGUGUUUCUUCUGAGU